AUUUUGAUUUUGAUUACAGCUUGAUUCCACGCUGAUGGUAAGUUCAGUGUGACACUAAUUUACGUAAUUCAGGAAUAUCGCGAAAUCGCCAAAUAUGUUUUGACAAGUUCACCAGACUGGUUCCAGUCAAACGUAGUGGCCGUUACAAAUUGGCAAGCUAAUAACAAUGGAGGACGUGCUCUUGUUGCAUUUUCCUCUCGUUCAUAUAUACACGUUCUCAUCAUUAAACAAGAAAUGAACUGGGAAAAUCAACAGGAAUAUUCGUGGGGUUGUGUGGGCCAGAUAAUUGCCCACCAAGACAAAAUAUCGGCAGUAACCUUUGAUGAGUGUGCUUGUUUGCGUGUGGUUUCUUGUGGCUUUGAUGGUUUGGUUCGACGUUGGAAGUAUUUCAGUCAAGAAUGGAUGCUGGAGACCGAGUUUAAUAUACAGGAAGUGCGGGGAAAUAUCAACCCAACAGCUGUCAGCUGUUUCUCCUGCUCUGCAAAUGAGUCAUACAACUUCGUGGGCACAGAUAGAGGGUGGCUUUUUGUAUGGGUUGUUGACUGUGAGACGAAUAAAUCUUACUAUGUAUCUAAAAAAUUCGAAAACGACUCUGUUGUGAUGUGCGCAUGGGAGAAAUGUGCAAUAGUUCAAUCCAUUUCGCGAGUUGCUGUCGGUUACAAGAAAGGAAUUGUGUGUGUUUAUUCAUUUAUACCGUCGGAUAUUUCUUCAACUCCAAGCAUCGUACAGUUGACCCGCUUCUAUGCUCAUGAGGCGGAUAUCUGUCAUAUUGUAUGGCGCUCAAGUGCUUCUGCGUCAUCGUCAGAUCCUGAGAUUCUUACAUGCGGACGUGAUCAGAUGGUUAAGGUAUGGAAUGUCACCACUUCAGAAUGUACUUCAUCUUACCAAGUUCCCGGUCAAUUACGUCAACAAUUUGGAAAUGCUGGACGACAUAACGAGAAAAGUGAACAAAAUGGAGCUCCAUGGAUAUCUGCUUGCUACACACCAGGAAGUGAUUCGUCAGUGAAUGUUUUAUUCUCAAGUGCACGAGGUGGAUUAUUUCACUGGGAUUGCAAAGGAACGCCUAGCUGUAUGUCGCUUGACAGUCAGGGACAUUCUAUGCUAAUUUUCUCAAUGCACUACUUUCUUAAUUCACCAGGACUGGUAAUCACUUUGAGUCAAGAUAGAUUUUUGAUUGUUUGGCAGUUGGUGGAAGGAUCUAAGUUGUCAGUGAUUCUUAAAGUACCUACAAUGUCUGCAGGUGUUUGCUCUUUAGCUCAAUCUGAAUUUAGCAAUGGUCCCUUAGUUGCAGGUCUUUCAGACGGUUCCAUCAUAUUUUGGAAGUUUCCUGCACCAGAAUUGUUUGGCGAAAGAAAUUCUUCUGAUAAUCAAAAGAAAGAAAAGUUUGUUUCAAUAUCACCUCGAGGAUGCAAAUCAUCUUCGAUAACCACUCUGUCUUGUCAUCCUUUACCGCAGUUUGAAAAUGUUAUUGCUUAUGGCACUGAAUCACGUUGUGUGGAGAUUGUAGAUAUUAAUAAGCUACGAAGAAUGAAAUCACAAAAGCCUAAACCGCAGCUGUAUGCAUUUGGUUCAACUGUAUAUCGAG